AUAAACUCCAAUUAGUUUCUUCGUUUAGUCUUAAUUACCGAUGCGUCCCGGCCGGGUGCUCUUCUUGAGAAUCUCCCCGCGACGCGACACUUCAAUAUUUCAGUGAAGUUUCAACGUGUCACUGACCUAUCAUUUCCACGCCCGAGCAGAGUAUUCGAGCUCAUGGUGCAAUUUAUCGAGGAUAUUUUGUGAUCGGUCGUCCGAGGGGAAAAAGACAGCAGUACAAUGGAGAUGAAGACAAACGGGAAGUCAGCCGCUUUCAGCAGCGAGACAGGGCUGGUCGAUUCAGAGCUGGGCGGGAGUGUAAGCCAGUAUGAUUUAUCACCUGAGGUCAAUGAAGAAAACGCACAAAGUGAUUUAACGUACGGCAUUGACGACACACCACCAUGGUACUUAUGUAUUUUCAUGGCUUUACAGCAUUAUUUGACCAUGAUUGGAGCGAUCGUAUCGAUUCCAUUCAUCUUGACUCCCGCGCUUUGUAUGGAGGAGAGCGACCCGGCCAGGGGACAUAUAAUUUCGACUAUGAUUUUCGUCACCGGAAUAGUAACAUUCAUCCAGGCAACGUUUGGGUGCAGACUGCCAAUCGUUCAGGGCGGAACCAUAUCUUUCUUGGUGCCAACGUUAGCGAUUUUACAUUUACCUGAGUGGAAGUGCCCAUCAAGCGAUUACAUAAAAUCUCUGUCUCCGGAUGAUCGGACCGAACUGUGGCAAGUUCGCAUGAGGGAGUUAUCGGGUGCCAUAGCCGUCUCAGCCCUGUUCCAAGUUUUUAUUGGAUACUUCGGAUGCAUGGGAAUAAUUCUUCGAUAUGUAACUCCACUGACUAUAGUGCCAACGGUUUCAAUGGUCGGUUUGUCGUUGUUCGCCAACGCAGGGGCUGCCGCAUCACAAGACUGGUCAAUAGCAGGAGCAACGAUUAUCUUGUUGACUUUGUUCUCUCAAAUCAUGACAGAGGUUAAGGUCCCGGGGAUAAAAUACUCCUCAAAACACGGACUGAAAAUAACUUGGUUCAAUCUGUUCAAGCUUUUUCCGGUGCUUCUGACGAUCAUGAUCAUGUGGGCAGUCUGCGCAAUCCUCACAUACAUCGACUACUUCCCACCCGGGCAUCCCGCGAGAACCGACAUUAAACUGAACAUCGUCCAUGCUUCAUCGUGGUUCCGAGUUCCAUAUCCAGGUCAAUGGGGAAUACCUACGGUCAGUGCCUCUGGCGUCCUCGGAAUGUUAGCUGGAGUGCUAGCCUGCACGGUGGAAUCUAUCAGUUACUAUCCUACGACCGCCAAAAUGUGUGGAGCACCACCCCCACCGGUUCACGCUAUUAAUCGAGGCAUUGGUACAGAAGGACUGGGAACAGUGCUUGCUGGUCUGUGGGGAAGCGGGAACGGUACGAACACGUUCGGCGAGAAUGUCGGAGCGAUAGGAGUGACAAAGAUUGGUAGCCGUAGAGUCAUUCAAUAUGCGUGCAUUCUCAUGCUCCUGCAGGGAGUGAUCAAUAAAUUUGGAGCGGUUUUCAUCAUCAUUCCGGAGCCUGUCAUUGGUGGCAUUUUCUGCGUUAUGUUCGGGAUGAUAACAGCUUUUGGUUUAUCGGCCUUGCAGUACGUCAAUCUCAAUGCAUCGCGCAAUUUGUACAUCAUCGGAUUUUCAAUGUUUUUCUCGUUGGUGCUGCCACAAUGGAUGCAGGCGAACCCAGGUGCUAUUCAAACCGGAAACGCUGUUGCAGAUAAUAUUCUCACGGUGUUGCUGAGCACCAGUAUCUUGGUCGGAGGAGCAACUGGAUGUAUAUUAGAUCACAUCAUACCGGGAACUCCUGAAGAUCGUGGAUUAAUCGCAUGGGCAAACCAGAUGAAACUGGAAGCAGAACCGACUGUGUCAGGCGAAAAGAGCACCUACGAUUGGCCCGUGGGAAUGUCCUUACUUAGAAGGUGGAAAUGGACUUCGUACAUCCCUUUUUUGCCUACUUACAAUCCAAAAAAGUCCAACUAAGGCUACUAAGAACUCAAAAAUGCAAUUAUAAUUCAAAGUGAGAGAAAACAUAUUAUCAUGGGCAUGCGUGGAGACGACCCAUUAAACCUUGAAAUUAUAUGGAAAUUUAUGCCGAAGAUCCAGUUUGUAGUAUGUAGUUGUAGCAAAUCCUCGAUGUAAUUCAAAAGCAGUGGCACAUGGGGGUGGGUCACAAAAAGCGGCCCUCUAGGAACAAAGUGCAGCUAAUAUCACGAGCAUUGACAUGCCCAUGGAUUUGUAGAUAAAUGUAUAAAAUUAAUGUUUGAUGAUUCUCAUGUUGUGUCAUAAUCAUUGACAUAGACAAGUUCCUGAACUUAGAUAUUAUUUUUGAUAUUCGUAAGUAAAUUGUGUAAAUUUAAACUUGAAACACUUGAAAUAGCUAUGUAUAGUUGCAGAGAAAUCAUUCUCGGAACUAAUGCAUUGUAACCAUUAGCUACAUCGUUAAUUCUUUGCAGAUUUUGAAUCUAGGAAUGUUAAUUGUUAAAUUUGGAAAAUAAAUAUAGUUUCUGUUUUGCA